CCAACUUGGAGCAGGGGGGGCGGGGUUGGAUAUAUACCUCCAAGAGCAGGCCACAAGCUACACUGAGACUGGACCCACUUGCAGUGCAAAGACCACAAGCAAGAAGACUCCGAAGCCGGGAGUAGAAGUACCAACAUUUAUACUGGAGCUUAGAGAGAAAAGACAAGCGAGACCAAAGCGUUUGGUUCUACGGACUGUCUGCUGGAGCUCCGAUACAACCAAUUUGUCACUCCGCUAUACGCCAGUUUUCUCUGGACAUAGCAGCUAAACAAAGUUGGUAGUAAACUCUUUGGAGUUUGGUAGAGUCACUAUAUUUUUCUUUGCUUGUGAGAGUGGACUGCACUGAAACUUGGGAUCGACCCGUCUGGGGUCGAGCUUGGACCUGGCGCAUCCUUUCAGCGGCUUCAAACACUGCGAAGGUUUUGGCCAGAGCUCAGAUCUGAAGACUUCGAGUCGAGUCAGACUUUGAGUACACACUCAGCAGCUGCUACCCCGAGCCCAGCUCCAACGCACCUGGGCGACCGGAUAGAGAGCCACUGACAAGACUUCAAAGAAACGUUUUCCAGCUCCCUCGCUGAUACAGACAUGAUAUAUUGUCUGGUGCAUUAAAACCUGCAAAUCCAGCAAUUCUUCAGAGGGGUUUCAUUGAUAAGUCAAAAGAUCUGAAACAAGUGCAGUAACUUGCAACAAAGAAGUCAAAGAAACAACCUGGUUAAACCAACAAUCACAGAAACAACAACGACACCAACGUCUAUCAAAGCCGACCCAAUGGCGUGGUCAGCUCUUACCGGCCCCUGUGUGGCCCUCGUACUGCUCUUCUUCGGUUUGACCUCCUGCACUCCCUCCGGCCCUGCCUCUGCCACCUGCGCCACCCUGGAACAGAGUCGCUUCUUUGGUGUAUUCUCCUCUACAACCACCCUGCCCUCCACACCAUGCUCCUGGACCCUGCAGAACCCUGAUCCCCGCCGCUACACCGUCUACAUGAAAAUCACCAAGCCGACUGACUCCUGCUCCCCCGGCCAGAUCAGAACCUUCCAGUUCGACUCCUUUAUCGAGACCUCCCGCACCUACCUGGGUAUGGAGAGCUUCGACGAGGUUGUCAGGCUGUGCGACGCAUCAACCACUGUCACCUACCUGGAGUCCAGCAAGCAGUUCCUGCAGAUCCGCAAGGUGGCCCCAAGAAACGGCCUGGAGAUCAUGGAUGGGCAGAAUGAUGUCAGUGAGUUCAAGGCUGAGUUUCUGGUUGUGGGGAAGAGGAACCCAAGUAUGCCUGCCUGCCAGAUGUUGUGCCAGUGGCUUGAGAAGUGCCUGUCCAGCAGUACCCAUGAUUAUCCCUGUGGCAUCAUGAACACACCUUGCCAGUGCUGGGAGGCACCAAAGAGGAAGCCAGGAAGCUGCUACAGGGGCGGUAUCUACGUUGAGAAAUGCCUCCCUGUUCCAAGAGACAACGGACGUGAUGCUGAGAUUAUCAAGGGCUGGGCUGGAUGGGGACGCUGGUCAGUAUGCAGCCAGGAAUGCGGUGGCGGAGUCCAGGUGCGCAGCCGAGGCUGCCAGCCUGAGGACAGUGUGUGCACAGGAACAGUUGAAGAAGGGCGUGCCUGCAACCCUCAGCCCUGCAUUGGCAAAGAGCGCAACAGGAGCCAGGGUCUGCGUGCCAUUGUUGGGAUGAGGAAAGAUAAUGCUGAUGAUUCUAACCAUGGAGUUGUUGCAACCCAAACAGUAGAUGCUAAGACAGAUGAGUGGUCCUCCUGGAGUUCCUGUUCAAUCACCUGUGGAGAGGGCUGGCAGAGCCGUACUCGUGUCUGUGCUACUUCCCCUUUCACCACCCAGUGCACCGGACCGCUGCGUGAGAACCGGCCCUGCAACAAUACAGCUGUCUGCCCUGUGGAUGGUGCUUGGGAUGAGUGGACCCCCUGGAGCCUGUGCUCAUCCACAUGUGGCCGGGGUUAUCGUGACCGUAGCCGCAUAUGCAAGCUGCCCCAGAAUGGAGGAGAGCCUUGCCGCGGCCCUACAAGACAAACCAAGUUCUGCAACAUCGCUGUCUGCCCAGUGGACGGAUCCUGGAACGAGUGGUCUGCCUGGAGCACAUGCUCUGCUUCUUGCUCCAACGGUACCAUGCAGAGAACACGGGAGUGCAAUGGUCCAUCAUACGGAGGCUCUGAGUGCCACGGCGGCUGGAAAGAGACAUCUAACUGCUUCCUGAAAGAUUGUCCCGUUGAUGGACGCUGGCAUUCAUGGAGCUCUUGGAGCAGCUGCAGCAAGACUUGUGGUGGAGGCAUCCAGCAGAGACAGAGAGUUUGUGAAGGUCCUUUCUUUGGCGGAGAACCUUGCCCCGGUGAAAAGGGAGAGCAGAAGCGUUGCAAUGAGAAGAGAUGCCCUGAGCCCCAUGAGAUCUGCCCUGAGCAGAACACUGGAGAUGUUGUGUGGAAGAAAACCCCCGCUGGAGACAUGGCUGCCAUUGCCUGCCCUGCUGAUGCUGCAGGUCUUAUUCUGCGCCGGUGCACCCUGGAUGCUGUAGGUCUUGCCUCCUGGGAAAGCCCAACUCACAUCAAGUGUGUCUCCAAGAACUAUGAGAACAUUCAGAUGCUGUCAAGGGACUACAUUUCCAAAGCACAGAUGGGGCAGAGUGUGGAUGGGGUCGCUGAGGUGAUUUCACGCCUGAGAGUCUCCUCCGAUGAAGGGGCCAAGUACAGCGGCGACCUCUUGGCUGUCAUGGAAAUCCUGAAGAACACCACUGAACUGUACAAGGCAACCAUAAUGAAACUGAACAAUGCUGAUGUUGAGAACUACGUCCAGACCAUCAGCAACUUACUGAAGGAGGAACAUCGUGACAAAUGGGAAGAGGCGCAACUGAUGGGUGCCAGCAUUAAGGAGUUCCUGCGCCUUGUUGAGGACUCUGUGAACAUGAUCGCUAUGCAAAUGAGCGGCUUUCAGGACAUUUAUGAAGUCACAGAGAAUUUAGUGCUGAGCAUCCACAAGCGCCCAACAACUACAAGCUCCAACUUCACCUUCCCUUUGAAGGGCUGGAGGGGCAUGCUGGACUGGGUCAGGACCUCUGAGGAGAAGAUCUCUGUGUCCCGUGAUGCUCUGUCCAUUGAACAGACUGAUGGCAACGAUGCUUUUGCAACUGGCAUUGUCCUCUACAGAAACCUUGCUUCUAUUCUGUCCUUCCAGAGUAACACAACCCUCCUCAACUCCAAGGUGGUGACAGUGAUCGUCAACCCCACCCCAAAUCUCCUGUCAUCCCCUGUUGAGAUUGAGUUCCCCCACCUCCACAAUGGUACUAUGAAUGAGACAUGCCUCUCAUGGGACGAGAGUGAAACUUCCUCUCUGCUUGGAUCUUGGUCUGCUCGGAGCUGCAGAGCGGUCCCCGUUCAUUCAUUCAGAACCAAAUGCGUGUGUGACAGCCUCUCCACCUUCGCCAUUUUAGCGCGCGUCAACUUCGACUCGAUCAUGGACAAGGCACUGCUCCCGUCCGUGACUCUCAUCGUUGGCUGUGGGGUCUCCUCUCUCACCCUGCUGCUCCUCAUCAUCAUCUACGUCUCUGUGUGGAAGUACAUCCGCUCCGAGCGCUCCGUUAUCCUCAUCAACUUCUGCCUUUCCAUUAUUUGCUCCAAUGCCCUCAUUCUUGUUGGACAAACUCAGGCUCGCAACAAGGUGGUGUGCACUCUUGUAGCUGCUCUCCUGCACUUCUUUUUCCUCUCCUCUUUCUGCUGGGUGCUGACAGAAGCUUGGCAGUCCUACAUGGCUGUCACUGGUCGUCUGCGCAACCGCAUCAUCCGCAAACGCUUCUUAUGCUUAGGCUGGGGCCUUCCUGCACUGGUGGUGGCUGUCUCUGUGGGUUUCACAAAAGCUAAGGGAUAUGGCACUGUCAACUACUGCUGGCUGUCUCUUGAGGGCGGACUCCUCUACUCUUUUGUUGGCCCUGCUGCAGCUGUCGUUUUGGUGAAUAUGGUCAUUGGUAUUCUGGUCUUCAACAAGCUGGUAUCCAAGGACGGCAUCACCGAUGUGAAGCUGAAGGAGAGAGCCGGGGCAUCACUGUGGAGCUCCUGCGUGGUUCUGCCCCUCUUAGCCCUCACAUGGAUGUCCGCUGUCCUCGCCAUCACUGACCGCCGCUCAGCCCUCUUUCAGAUCCUCUUUGCCGUCUUCGACUCUCUGGAGGGUUUCAUCAUCGUCAUGGUUCACUGCAUCCUGCGUAGAGAGGUUCAAGAAGCUGUAAAGUGCAGGGUAGUCGACCGCAAGGACGACGGCAAUGGAGACUCUGGCAGUUCCCAUCACAAUGGCCACACCCAGCUUAUGCAGUCUGAUAACGAAAAGGAUGGAGAUUCAAGCAGACAAGGAAUGAAGAGUUCCUCUGAAGAGAAGAUGCCUCCUCCUCAGCUGCCUCUUCCCAUGGGCUCCAACUUCCACACCCUGCCAUCCAACCCCAGUAAGAGUCACAUGCAGGCAGUUCCCGAAUAUUCCAGCCACACCCUCACCCUGAAGAGAGAGAAGAGCCGUCUGGCGGGAGGAGUCGACCCAUCCUGCGGGAAACCCGUGUACGUCUGCGAGGGUGAGCUCUUCAGCCAGCUGGACGUCGAUCUCGCUCGGGCUCAGGCCGAGGGAAGCAUGUCUGACGGCAGCGGUUACGUCCUCAUGCCCAACACUACCUCCACCUUGAGGUCCAAGCCCAAAGAUGACCCAACAAAGUAUAACAUCAGCGUGGAGCAGCUGCCACAGGCCAGACUGAUGCACCUCAGCGGGCCCUUUGCUGAGCCCCAGGCUGCCUUCGGGAUGAAGUCAAUCCACCCCGACCAGGUCAGCGUGUCGUAUUCAGAGAGAGACUCGCCCAUCCAGAACAUCCAUAACAUGUCCAGUGAGUCUCACAUCACCCACAGCAGCCUGGAGAACACCUUCGAGUCCAUGAACUCCAUGAUGUCCAAGAGUGAGACCAUCUCUACACUGUCUAUGAGCUCCUUGGAGAGACAGAAAUCCCGUUAUGCUGAGUUAGACUUUGAGAAAAUAAUGCACACAAAGAAACGCCACCAGAAUAUGUUCCAGGACCUAAACAGGAAGCUACAUCAUGCUGAGAAAGACAGAGAGUCACCUGCCUCUGACAGCAAGUCUGUGAGAUGGAGUGUGUCUUCAGGAGGAAGUGACAAAACGAACCACAGUGACAAACAGCAAGCUCCUCUGGAGAGGCCGUGGGAGGGAGUCCGGGGAAUACCACAGUCACCCCCUGCAUGGGUUCGUAAAGACCUGGAGCCCCUAGCUGCCUCACCUCUGGAGCUGCACUCUGUGGAGUGGGAGAAGACCAGCACCACCAUCCCCCUGGUGGGGCAGGACAUCAUUGACCUGCAGACAGAGGUCUGAGGGGGAAGAGGUGGGCUAGCAAAGCCCCCUGAUUUCACCUUGGUCACCUUUUUGGUUUGGGAAUGGUAUCCUGUAUGGAUAGAGUAAACAAAACCAAGAAAGUGAGAAAAUUGGUCCCAGAAUCAAUGUCUUCAAACCCUCAGCCAGAGCAGGAAGGAAGGGAGAGAAAGAGAGGUGGAGGAGUGUAAGUUGUGGUGAUGGGAUGUUUAAUGUAGCUUCUCUGUGUGGACUUAAAGCAUCUCGUGUCAGAGUGCUCUGAAGGUCAAAGGGUUGGUGGAGCGAUCGGUGGUUUCCAUGGACCAGGACUGGUUAUGGUUCCAUUAACGCUUCACUUGGAGUUUCUUGGACCCUUCAGCCUGGGUUCAGAAGAUGUGGUCAACAUGUCUGUGCUUCUUUUUUCCUUCACUUAACUUUGGAGAAAAAUAAAAUAAUAUAACACAUGGUGUGUUCUCCCUACUUCUUGGGAGGAACAACCUGUACUCUUGGCUCCUCUUCGAGCUAAGCUACCUUCCAAAAUAGGACAAGGCAAGAGAGCAUAAGGGACCAGUUUCAUGCUUGGAGUCCAACACUCUGCACUUUGGUAGAUGGGCACACGUUUUGGUUUUGUGCCGUGGGUAGUUUUAUUUUUUUUGGUUCGUGUGUUUGCUGCUUCACACCUGGAACUGCUUCAAAAAGCCUAAAAUGAGACUCUUCCAUGAGAUUCUCUGUACUGAGAACUCCUCUACUAAAGAGCUGGCUUAUUCAUGCUGAUAGUGCUUCUUACUCUUGUUAUCACCAUGGUUAUUAUUAUUAUAAUGAUUAUUGUCAGUGUUAUGAUUAUCAUUGUUAUUGUCAUUAUUGAGUUUAUAGCCUAUAUUUUAAUUUUUCAUCCCUGUCUCAUGACUGUCAGGCACAAGUUUUAUUAAUUUUCUACUGCGAUCUACAACAUUAGGCUCCAAAAAAAAGAUUCAAUGCAUCUAUAAUGUGUUGUGAGCCCAUAUGGACUGCAACGGGACAAACAAUACUGAGUGGUGAUGGAGGUUAUGGUUAGUUACAACAUGUCCUGGUUUCUCCAGCAUUCUGCUUCGAUACCAAAACACCAGCACCGGGAUGAACACAGACUCUCACACAGGAAGAGCAGUGCACUCUAGGAAAUGCUGGGUGGAAAUGUGAGGAGGUGGAGGAUAUACCGCCCCUCUCAGCUGGCACAAGAUGCAGGCUCUUCCAUGUCGUACAUGUGGAUUCAAGGGGUCAGCGAGACCUUUCAUCAUCGCCCUUUUGUUUCUCAGCCUUGCAGGACUCUUGGACCGAGCAGAGGCUCCUGGCGCUGAUAUGACUUCCAAUGCAGCGUCAGGUCCUCAAGACUUCAACACAUUUGUGUUUUUAGCCAUCAGUGUGAAAUAGUGCAAUAUGAUGGGUGCUUGAUGCUCAAGCAAGACUGAUAUGAUUUAGGCAGAAUUUUUUCUUACCAAUGUUUCAAAACUUUUAUACCAUCUUCCUCAUAUUUACAGAGCAAAUAGAUGCUUUAUGAGAAUAUUGUAUGACAAAUCUGUAUUAGUAAUUCAAGGAAUUUAUUCACUAGAGAUUUGUUAGCACAAGACUCCAUAUUUGGAGCUCUCUGUGACAGGUAGAUAAUUGUACUUCUAUAAAGCGAACAUUAUAUAGACUGAAUGAUAGCCUAUGAAUAUCUCUAAACUGUGCUUCAGGAUAUUUGUUAUUACUCUCCGCUGUGUAGCGAGGGGUAAUUGAACCUCAUGUCUUCUGUAACAGUGUGUUUUUGAUAACCUUGUCGGUAACUCAAUAGUAUGUACUACCAGCCAAUUUCCCCGUCCCUUCAAAUUCCUCUGUCCUUCCCUCAGCCCGAUUCAUACCUCGAGUUACUUGUACUGAAUACCCAUUUGUAUUUUCUUGUCUCGACUUUGUUUUUUAUGUUCUGUUUUACCUCCUGUAAAUGUACAGUUUUCACAGCACAAAAUGAAUGUGACUUAUUUCUAAUAAAAAAACAUCUAUAUUACAUGAAGAA